UUCAAUUAAGAUCCAAAAUAUUUUUGCAAUGGUUAGUAAACUCAGUGAAAUAAAGAAAUACGAAGUAGCUAGUAUAGAAAAACAGGAAGAAAUAACAGAGAAAAUCUUGGAAAUUCUUUUUAAUGAACAUAAUGGGGAAAAUAUAAAGGUUGAGAAAAAUAUAAAGGUUGAGGAAAUGACAAAUAAUGGAGGUUGUUACUUUGUUUUUUCGCUACUUACUGUCAGUUAUUGUUAA